UCAUCAGGGUGAAGAUCUGAUGAUCAUGAAAACUGAGUGUGACGUAGAAGAGACGUAUGUGAGGGAUGAUCAGCAAUAUACGGAGGAGGCUGGAAUGACGACGACAUUCAUAGAGGAGGACACUCCUACAGAGAUCAGCACAGGACACGCCAUGGAGAAACCCUCAAAGGAUCGUCUCACUUUAUCUCCAGACUACAAAUUGGAAGACGAAGACGUCAUACGAGUUUGCACAGGAGAAACGACAAUGAGCUCCACUAUGGGUGGAGGGCCUCACAUUGUAGUUGAACCAUCAAAUCCCUCUGAUUCUGAGCAACCUCGUACUGUGAGGGACAGUGCCGGAAUUCAGGAGGACAAAUUUUCCUGUCUUGAAUGUGGGGAAAGUUUUAGCUCUGAAUUAAGUCUUUCUGUACAUCAGAAAUCUCACACGGGGGAGAAGCCACAUUCCUGUCCUGAAUGCGGCAAAUGUUUUCUUUAUAAAUCAUUUCUGAUCAGACAUCAGAGCACUCACACAGGCGAGGAGCUACUUUCCUGUCCUGACUGUGGGGAAUUAUUUCUACGUAAAUAUCACCUUAGUGUACAUCAGAGGUCGCACACGGGUGAGAAGCUUCACUCCUGCCCUGAGUGCGGGAAAGGUUUCCUUUAUAAAUCAACUCUGGCCAGACAUCAGACAACUCACACGGAGGAGAAACCGUUUUCCUGUCCUGAUUGCGGAAAAUGUUUUUCACAGAAGGCCCACCUUUCCGCGCAUGAGAAAUACCACAGCAGCGAUAAACCGUAUUCCUGUUCUCAGUGCGGGAAAUGUUUCACACAGAAAUCACUACUUGCCAGACAUGAAAGAUUUCACACAGAAGAAAGGAAAUACUCAUGCUCUGAUUGUGGGAAACGUUUUUUGUGGAAAUCUGAGCUCACCGUACAUCUGAGGUCUCACACGGGGGAGAAGCCGCAUUCCUGCCCCGAGUGCGGGAAAUGUUAUCGAUUGAAAUCAAACCUAGUCAUACAUCAGAGAUCCCAUACGGGGGAGAAGCCGUAUUCUUGCCCUGAGUGCGGGAAAUGUUUUUCGAAUAGAUCUAUUCUCAACGUACAUCUAAUAUGCCACACGGGCGAGAGGCCGUAUUCCUGCCCCGAGUGCGGGCAAAGAUUUCCACGGAAAUCAGAACUUAUCAUACAUCAGCGAUCUCACACGGCUGAGAAGCCGUAUUCCUGCCCCGAGUGUGGGAAAUCGUACAAACGGAAAUCGGUACUUGUCGAGCAUCAGAGGUCUCACACGGGGGAGAAACCGUAUUGUUGCUCUGAGUGCGGGAAGUGUUAUCAACAGAGAUCACAACUUGUCAUACAUCAGAGGUCUCACACGGGGGAGAAGCCGUAUUCCUGCCCUGAGUGCGGGAAACGUUAUCAACGGAAGUUUCAGCUCAUCACACAUCAAAGAUCUCACACGGGGGAGAAGCACCCGUAUUCCUGUGCUGAUUGCGGGAAAUGUUUUUCGCAGAAAUCCAAUCUUAUCAGACAUGAGAGGUCCCACACAAACCUCAAGGUGCAGUAGCGCAGAAUUGUUUUCUAUAUGAUUUAUAGUUUGCUGUACAUCAGGGAUCCUCCACACCUCCAUUUUUUUUUUUUUUUAACAUUUACCAUGUGCCUCAGAGUAAGAGUAUUAGCACCAAUGCAAAGAGCCUAGUCUUGUAGUGAAUAGAGGAGUUUUUCUGCAACAACAGUUGAGUCAUGGUGUAUCACAUAUCCUGGGUGAAGACUAGAGCGUUGUGGAGGCCUCUUUUUGCACCCCUGCGGAAAGUGGAGGGCAUGGAGUAGCAUGUGUGCCGGAGUAGCUGGCUGCUACUGUCCGUAGAGCUGGGAGUCGCAGUCCACAGGAUAGGAUGCUGAAGCAAAUUGGCACCAGAGCAGGAAGCAGUCAGCGGUAGCCAGAAAGUGAGGGACUGAAUCGGCAGGCAGAGCAAGCCCAAGAAGCAGGCCAAGGUCGGUAACAACUAGGCAAAGCAGUAGAGAGAAGUCCAGUAAACAGGCCGAGUUCAGAGUAACCAGAUGAGCAAGGUAGAGACAAGGAGCAAGGUGAAGUCCAGGGAGAAGCCAGGUCCUACCUAGGUAGGCACAAAUCGAUCAAGUCUCAAAACCAAGCUGAAGACCAUUCAGCAGGCUACAUGUACACUAGCCUACCCAAAGCGCGGCCAUGGGAAAGUUCAGCAGGCAAAGCAAGUCCAAGAAGCAGGCAAAGGUCAGUAACAACUGGGCAAAGCAGUAUAGACAAGCCCAGUUAACAGGCCAAGUUCAGUUUAACCACAUGAUCAAGGUAGAGGCAAGGAGCAGAGGCGAAGCUCAGGAGAAGCCAGGUUGGCACACAACAGGUCAGGUCUCAAAACCAAGCUGAAGAUCAUUCAGCAGCUUCUCCCAGUGACACAUCCAUUUAAAGAGGCUGCUGGGUGCCAAGUGUGCACGCCAAUCACCACGUGCGGGUGCUGGGUCAUCAUAGCACAUUGGUUGUUACCCUUUUGCCCAGAAGUAUAAGAGUCAAUGCAAUGCGCAUGAGCAUAAGUCUGCACUGGUUUCCUGAGAAUCCAGCCCACAUUGGGUAGGCUAGUGUACAUGUAGCCCAAAUGGUGGCCAUGGGAAAACAGUGGGAAAGAUCAGCAGGCAAAGCAAGUCCAAGAAGCAGGCCAAGGUCAGUAACAACUGGACAAAGCAGUAUAGACAAGUCCAGUUAGCAGGCCAAAUUCAGAGUACCACAUGAUCAAAGUAGAGGCAAGGAGCAGAGGCGAAGCCCAGGAGAAGCCAGGUAGGCACACACAACAGAUCAGUUCUCAAAACCAUGCUGAAGACCAGCAGGCUACAUGUACACUAGCCUACCCAAACCGCAGCCGUGGGAAAGAUCAGCAGGCAAAGGUCAGUAACAACUGGGCAAAGCAGUAUAGACAAGUCCAGUUAACAGGCCAAGUUCAGAGUAACCAGAUGAGCUACUAGGUAGAGGCAAGGAGCAGAGACAAAGCCCAGGAAAAGCUGGGUGAUACCAAGGUAGGCAAAUAUAAGGAAUCAGGUCUCAGGACCAAGCUGAAGAUCAUUCAGCAGUUUCUCCCAGUGACACAUCCAUUUAAAGAGGCUGCUGGGUGCACGCCAAUCACCAUGUGCGGGUGCUGGGUCAUCAUAGCACAUCGGUUGUUACCCUU